CUUCGUUUCGAGCCCUCCCACUAAUCCUCCUCCACUCUCUCAUUCUUCAUCAUGGCGCAACAAGAAGACGAAUAUCAGCUCCAGCGCUCCCGCAACGGCUGCCUCACCUGCCGCGCGCGCCGUGUCAAGUGCGACGAAGUGCGGCCCGUAUGCACGCGCUGCAAGGCCGGGGACCGGGAGUGCGGAUGGGGAGUGGAGAAGCCGCCCAAUCCGCGCAAGCGGCGCCGCCCGCCCGUCCCGUCUCGUCAGGAGACGGCGAGCGGGUCCGACGCAUCGCCGCAGGUCAUCGUUGCCACCCCGAAUACCAGAGGGUCUGUGACACUGCCCCCAUCUCCGAGCAUCGGUAGCAUCGACACGGGCAUCGAGUGGAUCUCGCACACGACGCGCAAGAAGCUCAUGAUGGAUCCAACGAUGCUCGAAACCUUCUUCCACAAGAGCGACGAGGUGCUCACGUUCCGCUACUAUAUCCAGACAGCGGAGGAGCUCAUCGCCUUCAACCCGCCAAAGAACCCCUUCAACCCCUGGGUCUCGAUCCACGCACCUCUCGCCCUCCGCAAUGCGCCUGGCGUCUCGCCCACCUCCGACGCGUUGAGGAUAGGCCUGCUGGCCGUGGGCGCUGUGCGGCUCCGCUACGCCGACGACCCAGGCAACCAGCGCGCGGCGCAGCGCAUCGCAGGCGACGCUCGGCGCAAGGUCAUGAAGCUGCUCGACCCGAUCCUCCGCGAUCCAGAGAAGAACAUGAGCGAGAUCGAGGGCGCGCUCGCCGCCAUGCUAUCGUGCAUCGUGGCAUGCACGCUCGCGGCCGACAACACGUGGGAGGAAACGCUGAUUACGGCCGUGCGCCUCAUCGACCGCCUUGGCGGCGCACAAAAGGUCGUCUCGCUCUCCCUCAAAGACCAGUACUCUGUCACGCGUUUCGUGCUCGAGCAGCUAGCGGUGCGCGACGUGAUUGCGUGCAUGACCCUCGGGCGGCGGCCAAGCAUUAUCCGGCAACCAUUCGAGCCGUGGUUCUUCGAGAUCGAGCGCUGGUCCGGCCGUGAGGUCGAGUGGGAGAGCGUUGAGCGGUUAUUUGGUGUGACACGCGGCAUGGUCGACGUCAUGGCGCGCGCGUGCUCACUGAUUGGCACGGCGCGCGAGACGCAGGCGCUGCAGAGCGUAGGUGUGCGUGCCCCACCCGCACAGCUGCAGGACGCGGCGAACGGUAUCCUCGCCGAGCUCCAGGUGCUCGACCAGGGCUUCAACUACAGCCCGUACCAUACGCGCGCGCAGUACGGCAACCACUGCUACCGGCACGCGAUGCGGAUUGCGCUCAUGCGUGACGUGCUUGAUCUGGACGCGACGGACGAGCGCGUAGUCUCGUCCGCUACUGCGAUUCUCGAGCUCGUGCGCGAACUCGACUUUGAGGAAGGCCCGACGCUGAACUGGUUCCUCUGGCCGCUCAUGCUCGCGGGCUUCCACCUCGGCCACGAGGGGCGCGAGCCGCUCAUCCGACUGCUGGAGCACCCGGGCCCGCAGAAAUGCUACGACACGCGCGCGUGCAUCCGCCUUAUUAAGGAGUUCUGGGCACGGCAAGACCGCGGCGAGCCCGUGUCGCAUUGGGAGAUGUUGACGAGCGACGCGCACCGGUGUCUGUUUGCGGGGUAGGUGCUGGUGUGAGCGUGGGGCGGGGGCGAGGUAAGGCGAUGAUGUCUCUUGUAUGCAACUUGCACUUGUACCAC